AUGCGCGAAACCCCCCGCUCGCCACUAAUCCGCGCAUCAGGCCGCUCCGACAACCAGCAUCGCGAUGCCGCCGUAAUCCGCCGCUACGCCAUCCAGAAGCCUGAGGACUACACCAAAUACAACCGCCUGUGCGGAAGCCUGCGGCAGCUCGCCCACCGCCUCUCAGAUCUCGACCCCGCCGACCCCGUGCGCCUGAAGCACGAGAAGUUGUUGCUGGAGAAGCUCGAGGAUCUGGGCAUCCUCGGCACCGGCACCGGCUCGCGCAAGCUCAGCGACGUGGAGAACAAGGUCACCGUGUCCGCCUUCGCUCGCCGCCGUCUGGGCGUCGUCAUGACCCGCCUGCACAUGGCCGACACGGUCCAGGCCGCCAUCAAGUUCAUCGAGCAGGGGCACGUCCGCGUCGGUCCCGAAGUCAUCACAGAUCCCGCAUUCCUGGUUUCGCGCAACAUGGAAGAUUUUGUGACCUGGGUCGACUCAUCCAAGAUCAAGCGCAACAUCCUCAAGUACCGCGACCAAUUGGACGACUUCGACCUGGAUAUGGCAUAG